CCAGACCUGACACUCAGCAGGAGCUAUGACCGCACUCAUAGGGUCCUACUCAUGGUCGGAAGGCUUGGACUGCUCUACCAUGGACGGAGACCUCUCAGAUGGACUGUCCCCCCAUAGAUCCCCCCGGGAAAAAGGCUCAGAGACCCGGAUCAGGAGACCCAUGAAUGCCUUCAUGGUUUGGGCAAAGGACGAGAGGAAGAGGCUGGCAGUGCAGAACCCGGACCUCCACAAUGCGGAGCUCAGCAAGAUGCUGGGGAAAUCCUGGAAGGCCUUGUCCCCAUCCCAGAAGAAGCCCUAUGUGGAGGAGGCUGAGAGGCUGAGAGUCCAGCACAUGCAGGAUUACCCCAACUACAAGUACAGACCCAGAAGGAAGAAGCAGAUCAAGAGGAUCUGUAAGAGGGUGGACACUGGCUUCCUGCUCAGCAGCCUCUCCAGGGACCAGAACUCAGUGCCGGACAGCAGAAGCUGCAGGACAUCUGGAGAUAAGGAGGACAGUGGGGUCUACUCUUCUGGAUCAUCUCUGCAGGAUAUCAGAGGUUACAGAGAUUCUCAGAACAGCAUCAGCAAACAUGAACAGACCUACCCCUAUGGCCUCCCCACCCCACCAGAGAUGUCCCCGUUAGAGGUCAUUGACCAAGAGCAGAGCUUCUACCCUUCUUCGUGCCCUGAAGACCACCACCCUCACCUGAAUGCCACUAGCUACCCACCUGAGUACUCCCGAAGCCCCAUCCUGUGCAGUCACCUAAGCCAAAUGCCCCUUGGCCAGCAUGGACCACCAAUGAUUCCCCCCAACUGUCCCCCAGGCUACUUCAGCCCGGGCUACCCUACUAUGCACCACCAUAGCUACCAGGUUCAUGGUCACCUUGGCCAGCUGUCACCACCACCUGAUCACCCCCACUAUGACACCAUUGAGCACAUCAGCCAGGCCGAACUUCUGGAGGAAAUGGACAGGAAUGAGUUUGACCAGUACCUAAACACGUCCAUGGGAGAGCCAAGUGAAAUGACAGUCAGUGGACAUGUUCAGGUGUCUCAGUCUGUAGACCUUCAACCACCCCAGGAGACCAGCCUGAUAUCUGUGCUGGCAGAUGCCACAGCUACAUAUUACAACAGCUAUAGCGUCUCCUAGAAGCUCCUUGGAGAAGGACUUUGCUGUGACUGGACAGUAUUAAUGGCUGUAGAUACUAUAAGCUAAGGACACUUACUGUACCUCUCAGGGUUGUCACACCGAGAUGAGACCUUCACACCAAGAUGAGACCUUCUCAUGCAGCUAAGUGACUCUCCUCACUACUGAACACAGGGG